AUGGCCUCUCACUCUCACCACAACCACCCAUCAUCACACUCAUGCCAACCACCGCCACUAGGCCUCGACGGCGCUACCCCUUGGCCAGGUCCCAUCUACAGACAACCACCAGCCACAGCCUGUCCCCCGCCCCCCUCGCAAAUCUGGCCACCGACAUCAAUCCCAUGCGAAGACAGAGAUGCAGCGUCAGUGAAAAGUUCGGGAUCGUCUUCCAGCCGCGGCGGCCGGAAGAACAUCAUCGCUGCCUCGGUUAAAGGGUUCUUCCACAGUUUGAGGCCUAGCAAUUGUCCUGAGCAGGGCUUCACGCUCCGAAGGCAUCAUGAUCAUCAUAGUCAUGGGCAUCAGACGAUUGAUGAGAUCUUGACGGGGGAGAGCCGGCAUUACACCCCGAGUACACCGGAUACCAUUGUGUCAGAAGCUUGGAAUAUUCCUGUGGCGCUUCCUCGAAGAGCUUCGGGUGUCAGUGGAAAGUCAAGGGUUCAAUCAACCCCUAUUCCAGUCAGGAAGAUCAAAUCCAGGUUGGAUACGAGAUCGGAUGACGGCCCUAAUGCCACUCAUCACCGGGGCGAAGACGCAAUUUCAUCGCUUGAUGGAACUUGGGCCAACAUGAGGGAACGCCGAGUGAAAAGCGGAAAUAUCCCUACCUUUUCCAUGCCAUCGCGGAAACCAGUGCCAAUCCAAAACCGCAGUUCUCUUCCCAUCCCUUCCCAAGCUAAUGUAGGCACUGCCAAGUCCCAUAACAUUAUGCCCUCAGUGAUGCCGGCCUAUAACAAAGCUCGCUCAUUGUUCCUAGCAAAGCAAGAAGCCCGGCGCCAGCGCCGCAUUUUGAGAGAGGCCGGUGACUACCUCGGAGUGACAGGGGCGAACCCUUAUACCGGGAUGUUGGACAACAUAACCCCCAGAACAAGCAUAGACAUGACGGAGUUUCGUCGCGGUUUUCCCCAGUCAUCGCCCCAGAAUGAGAAAAAGGGGCGUGGUACCGGGAAACAGACUAGUCCUCGGCGGCGGUCCAAACUCGGCAAAGAAGCAGAACAGUGGUCCUCCGCGGCGUCUCCAAACUUAAGUCCGAUCGUCCAGAGCCAGAGCCCAAGCAACAAGAGUGCAGAACCUGCUCAGGCGGGUCAGGAUGGGGACAAUGGCGGUUAUGGUACCGUCAGGAGGAGGCCCGGCUUCAGCGACCUCAUACCCGUCGAGAGCGAGGUCUCUCAGGCUACAUUUCCAUCCAUUGAUUCCCCGGCGGCUGGGUCCCGGCCCGAUGGACACCGGCCCCGUCCAGGGCCAGACUGGGAUAAAGAAGCCCUUCUCCAGGAUCCCAGUGCCAGAUGGCCACCCAGUUUCGCGCAAGAUGUUGCCAGGAACCCCCAUGACACCCGUUCCCAGCAGCGGCGAGGUCACCUACCCACAUUUGGACCUCGCGAACCUGAACCCAGCCCGCCAAUGGGCGAACAUGCUGAUGGAGGAUCUGGGUGGCCUGGAGCGCAGCAUCCGGGACAGCACCAGAGAAGCCAAGGCAUGGGCGAAUUCCGUAGCCCAGGACAUCAGUGGACUGGGACAGGCGCUCCACCUCCCACAACCCCAAUCUGCUUGCAUACCCACCAUCACCAUUACUGGCUGCGAGUCCAGUCCUCGCCGUCAGCUCCCCUCCGCCAUAAAGGAAACCUGCCCCGAAGGACCCGAAGCCAAGGCCCCUCGAAAGGCAAGAAAGACGUCGGGGACGAGAGCAGUCAAGAAGGCUCAGAAGACGACAGAAUCCGUAAUCGUAUCGUCGUCACACCAGACAUCGUCCCUGUCGCCGAGCGCCAUACCCAAGAACGGCUCUUCGACGCCGCUGGAUUCCCCUCCCAGCAAGCAACCGAACGUCUCGCCGAAACUCGCAAGACCAGAUCUCCAUCAUCAUCACAGCUGGACGGCAUCACUGACGGCAGACCGAGUUGCAGAGAUGGUGGCAGAAGAUGUGGCACAAGCUUCCCAGGACGAGUUACCAAAAGUAGCCAGCGUUAUUACAUCGUCAACCCAAGAGACAAUGCGCACGGAGGACUAGGUGAAAACCUCCCGGCGCGUGUCGACGCCUCGUCCUCAGAAACAGCCGGGUCGGGAGAUGCGCAAGACGAUGAGAAAGGAAGCGGAAAUCCAAGACGUAACAAACGGAAAGAGACUGUCACCACUCAGUCGAAGAGCUGGUCGGCGCAUCAGGGACCGGCCGAUAUCAAAGCUUUCACGCAGGCGAUGGCGCAGGGAGCAGCGCGGGCAGCAUUUGUGCAACACGCGGCGGACCAAAGAGCAGGACCGGAAGGGAUCCCGGCCACGGGACGGACCAUAACUGGAGACACGAAAGUUGGGGUAGAAUCAACGGCAGCAGCCAAGAGUGCGAUGGAGGCCGAGUUGGGAACAGGCCCGGUAACGUCAUUAGCAGAACAAAUGAACAAGCGUCACAAGCUGAAGGACAGCGCCGGCCACGGCAGCGGAGACAUCGACGGUCGUUCCAGAAGCCAAGAAGCGAUGUCAGAACAAGCCAGUGAACCCCAGACGUGCCAAGGGGAUGGGGCGGCGGCUAGUGACGAUCUGUACCGGCUUUUCCCAGGCUUGGCACUCCCUGUCAGGUAUCUGAUGGUGGCGGCGGGAUCGGGAGGGCAGGGCUUUGAGGUGCCGGUUGGGGUCCGGAUCGUGGUGUCGGUAGUGGCUACCUUUGUAGCGCAGUUUGUCUGUGCGUACUGGGCGUUUGUGCGGCCGGUGUUUCAUCUCGACUCGCCGCUUCACAAGAGGUACGCACGGGGCCAGGCGACGCUGGGAGACGUGGUGGUUUAUAUAUUUGCGCUGAUGUUUGUCUUCUUUGCGGGCGCGGCUGUGGUGUGGAUGAUCAGGGGCACGGUUCUUGUGUGCCGCCUGGCCAGGGCGAUUAUCGGAGGAUUGGCAAUGCUGGCGGGUUUGUGAGUGAUCACAAUGAUACCUAGUUGAGUGUUCUCGGCUGUGGAGACUAUGUUUAAAUGGGUGGAACGUAUGGUAUGAGUGUGAUUGUAACUUCCCUUUUCAGAUUGAAGAGCAUGCGGUGCGAGCAUGGGGACAUUUGACAUGGAGAGGAUGAAGAAGAAGAAAUUGUUGCAGUAGCAGUGUUGUUAUCACUAUCGAGUAUCGCCUAUCGCCUUCUCAAACUCCGAAAACAUCGUUCAGGAAACACGAGGUUGCUUCGGAGUUUGUUUGUUUGUACAAUGGAUAUUCUUACGUAUCAAGUUGCACGAGGAGGAUCCGUACCUGAAAUGAGGGCGGUGUUGGAAAUAUUAUUUCUUGAAGAAGGUGAUGGUGGAGCGGGAACGAUCCGUCGUGGGACAUCAAGGUACUCGGUGAGAAGUGUACCGAAGACCGGACCUGAGACCUGACAGGAGGUUUUACCUAGCUUGGGAAAUAUCAUUA